AUGUCGAAGCAUAGUUUGGAAGAAGACCUUAAGCCAAAGUCGGUGUUUGUGGAGGAUGCUGAGGCCGCCCAAGCGGACCUGGGCAGCUACAGUCGCAAUGUCAAUGCAAGGAUCUCCAAUCCUCUUGCUGGUAUUGCGAAAGUCGAUCUCUACGAUCGCGUGCUCCGCUUCUGCCAGGAAUUUGGAUUCGAAGACCAUAUCGAAACAACCCCCCAAAGCUUCGAAGAUUUAUCUGAAUUGACUGAGGAUGAUAAAUAUCAUUUGAGACGAGAGUAUACCCACAAAUGGCACCUACCAAAGGCCCUGUAUUUCAGUAUUGGCUUGUGCUCUCUUGGAUCAGCUAUCCAAGGAUGGGACAACACUGGUGCCAAUGGAGCCAAUCUCUCUUUCCCCCAAGAAUUCGGCAUUGAAGACAAUGCGUGGCUGGUUGGGGUCAUCAAUUCUGGCCCGACCCUUUUCGGUCUCCUAAGUGCAUGGGCAUCAGAUCCUCUGAAUAAUUGGCUGGGUCGUCGAGGCACUAUAUUCGUGACCGGCUUGUUCUGCGUUUUCCCCGUUCUUGCUCAAGGGUUUACUCAAAACUGGUGGGGCCUCUUGGUGUGUCGUCUAUUUAUGGGACUCGGGAUGGGCGUUAAAAUAUCAACUAUCCCGGUUUUCAGUGCCGAGGUCAGUCCGGCCUCUAUUCGAGGCGGCCUAGUCACAAGUUUCCAGCUUUGGGUAGCAUUUGGAAUUCUAGUUGGAUUUUGCUCUAAUCUAAUAUUCUACCGCAUUGGACCACUGGCUUGGCGCUUCCAACUGUCUGCUGCCUUUGCCCCGGCUAUACCAGUGCUGAUAUUUGUGUGGUUUUGCCCAGAGUCGCCAAGAUGGCUUAUGAAGAAGUAUCGCUACAAGGAAGCCUUUGCAUCUUUCUCUCGCUUGCGAAACACAGAGCUGAUUGCCGCUAGAGAGCUGUACUAUGCGCAUUGUCAAGUUGUCACGGAACGUGAUGCAUUCUCUGGCAAAUCUCUUGCCCAUCGAGUUUGGGAACUAUUUACCGUACCCCGCCUCCGUCGAGCGAUGAUCUCGAGUGCAAUUAUAGUCACAUCACAGCAAUUUUCCGGUAUCAAUAUUAUGAGUUUUUACUCGUCCACCAUAUUUUCGGAGGCGGGAUAUUCUACCCGAGAUUGCCUACUUGCCUCUCUUGGUUUCGGCUUGGUCACAUUUGUCUUUGCCCUACCAGCUGUCUUUACCAUGGACACUUUCGGUCGACGAAACCUUCUAUUGUUUACGUUCCCAAAUAUGGCUUGGUGUCUCCUGGCGGCAGGCUGUUGCUUCUUGCUUCCUACGGGGUCUGCAGCCCGAGUGCCUCUAAUUGCCUUCUUCGUCUACCUAUUUUCAGCAUUUUACGGACCAGGAAUCGGGCCUAUUGCCUCAAUAUAUUUUAGCGAGGCUUUCCCGCUCUCCCAUCGUGAACUGGGAGCCGCCCUCACGAUUUGCGUCAAUAACUCUAUAGGAAGUGCACUCAGCCUUACAUUCCCAUCAUUGUUAAAGAAGACAACGCCCACUGGUGCUUUCGGAUUCUAUGCGGGAUUAAACAUUCUUGCUUUUCUCAUCAUCUUCCUCGUGGUUCCAGAAACAAAACAACGUACGCUUGAAGAACUCGACUUUACCUUCGGUGUUCCAAUAAGUAGACACGCACGGUAUCAAACUGGUACUUGGCUACCGUGGUUUGUUCGACGCUAUGUUUUCUUCCAGCGGUCAGCAAAGUUGGAGCCACUGUAUAAACUAGAAGGACUAUAA